CUACUGUCUGUCCAAAUGGACAGCAAAAAGAAACAGACGUCCCAUCGAACCGGCCAGGAAAAAGUCUAGUCUUUGGAAUUAGCAACUGAGAGCAAGAGGACCUGAGGUUUCAAGCAGAAUAGGAAGUUGGAGUCAAGAAAAGAAAAAUAUUGUCUGUUCAAAAAGAAAUCCGCAUGGACCAUUUGAAGUUUGAUUUUUGAUCGGAAUCUUUGCCCCUGGUUGAAACUGGUGCGGGGACAGCAAUGGCAGCGACGUCUCUGAAGUCUUUGCAAAACUCAUCAUCUGGAAAUCAUAGUACUUUCGGGAUCAGGCAUUUAGCCGGGACGCCGAACAGUGAGAGUGGAGGAGAGAGCGAGCAGCUUCGGCGAUGUAAGUCCGACGACUCGGGUUCUGAAGACAGUUCGGCUAAAAAGAAACAGAGGAGGCAGAGGACUCACUUUACCAGCCAACAGCUGCAGGAACUGGAGGCGACUUUCCAGAGGAACCGCUACCCAGACAUGUCCACCCGGGAAGAAAUAGCAGUGUGGACAAACCUCACCGAGGCCAGGAUCAGGGUAUGGUUCAAAAAUCGCAGGGCGAAAUGGAGGAAACGGGAACGCCACCAGCAAGCAGAACUCUGCAAGGGAGGUUUUGGAGCGCCCUUCAAUGGGCUUGUGCAGCCCUAUGAGGACGUGUACUCCGGCUAUUCGUACAAUAACUGGGCCACCAAAGGACUCGCCACCACCCCGAUUUCGGCCAAGAGCUUCUCUUUCUUCAAUUCCAUGAACGUCAACUCUCUAUCGUCGCAAAGCAUGUUCUCCACGCCCAGCUCACUGCCUUCAAUGACUAUGGUCCCUUCCGCUUUACCGGGCUCAAGCUUAAAUAAUUUGAACAGCCUGGGCAGCCCUUCGCUGAAUUCGGCGGUGUCUGCCACUCCCUGCCCUUACGGGUCUAGCUCCAACCCGUACGUGUACCGGGAUAACUGCAACACCAGCUUGGCCAGCCUCAGACUUAGAGCCAAGCAUCACUCUUCUACCUUCAGCUACGGGCCCAUGCAGAAUCCUGCUUCCAAUCUCAGUCCCUGUCAAUAUGCGGUGGAUCGGCCGGUAUAAAAUGGACUUGAUAUUGUACACCGUCGCUUGAAGGCGAACAAGUUGCGAAGGAGUGUGGGGCGGGUGGUGGAGGAGGAAUGCCGACUCCAACACACAAUAGUUUUGAGAGUCGCUCUCUCCCCUUCAGUUUAUUAAGACCAAAAGUUUCAGCGACUCGCUGCAAAAUGUAUCUCUAGAGCGAAAGCACGCUUAGCACUUCUAACAUAUACCACUGAACAAGGUUCUUUACAAUCAAUCCGUGUGCACUUCGGCUCGUGCAGAAGUAAUCUUUGAAUUGCCCAAAUAUGGUGAGGAAAUGAGAAUGAGUGGUUAAAAAUCCGAAUCAAAUUUUUUUUUCCCAGAAAAAUAAAUUCUGCACAACUUUUAAAUUGGCAGAUGCUUCAAACAGAAUGUUCAAAAUAUAGUUUUACGUGGCUUCUUUUCGAAUUUGGCAAAUAGAACUCGGUAUAAGCGUUAAUGAGUUAAAGCAGACGGAGGGUGGGUGGAGGGGGCUGUUUCUUGCUGGGUGGCAUAUUUGCCUGCGAGAAAUCCUUCACAGAUUCUCGCAAAGGCGAGGACAGUUCCCACUCUCUUCUCCCACCCACCAUCCAAGCCCGCCACCUCCUCUCCCACCCUGAUCAGGUUUUCCAUCUGGGAGGGCAGAUUCAGAAAUGAUCAUUUAGAAAAUGGCCAACUUGCCGGUUUCAGAUCAUGUCCCUCCGCAUAACCACAACAGCCACAAGUAUAUCACUCUGAAGUGAUUGGCGCCUUUGGUCCAGGCCAUCAACCAAAAUGUCUUUUUUUGCCUUGAGAAAGGGUCAGUGGAAAUGAUUUUUUUUUGUGGGGGGGGUCUUUCAGUAUUGAUAGUUUGGAAUAUAUUUUAAAAAAUGAAUAAUCUUGUAGUGUUCGAUUGUUUCCCUAUAAAUAGGACAGUACGAAAAUGAAA